AUUGCGCCACGAGAAAAAAAGAAAAAGAAAAAAAAGAAAGUGUCCUUCCUCCACUCUUCACCACCACCACCAAACAGCCGUCAAAUGGUCUCUCUCUCUUAACGUGCACCGCUUUUUAAUAUCUUCUCUCUUUCUAUAAUCUCCUCUUGUCUUCUCUAUACUGUGUUUUCCUGCCGGCAAAACCCUAAUUCAUCCCCACCAAUUCUCUGAUUACAGUCUCUGUUCUCAAUACAGAUCGUUUCACUCUUUGUCUGGACUACUUACUUUGGAAUUUCAGUGGAAUUGGGAUUUCUGAGGAUGUUCAAUUGCGAGGAUGUUAUUGCAAAAAGUGAAAGUUUCUGUAUGACUGUCGUUUCCUUCUGAUUUGUUUGAGUUUGUAACUUUGUGGAAGAUGGACCGUCGUGAUACAUCAGGAUUUGUUAGUGGGGGGUGUUUCUAAUCUACAGAAGACCACUAGUGUAGUUUUUGUAUUUUGGUUUCUUUUCUCUUUUAUUUUAGGCCCGAAAGUGAGGUUGGAUUUUCAUUUAGCUACUUUAAGAGUUAGUGUGUAUACGAUAGUAUUUCUAUGGGAACUGGGUUUCAACAUUUCGGAUUUAUCAGUGAUCCGUCUUCAAAUGUAUUUGAGCAUCUGAGCAAUGUCAAUCAAGUUGGAAGAGCUGGAGUCGGUGAUUGUACAAGCACUAUUUUGUGUCUGGAUUCACCUGGUGCUUCUACUUCUUUCUUUUCCAACUCUAAAGAAGUGAAGAACCAGUGGAGUAUGAUUGAUGGAUAUAAGGGCCCCGGGGGUGGAGGUGAAUGUUCUUUGGUUCCUGGGCUUGGGCGGCCAUCUAGUCCGACUGACAGUAAGGGAAGUGGUGAGACUGUUUGCACUGCUUCAUCAGCAGCAAAAGAAACUGAAGAGUCCUCAGUGGGUAUCGAUUUGGAAAUUAGUCUUCAUAGUGGUAACAAAAAGAGCCACCCUAAAACAAGCUCCACCAGUGAAACUAGAAAGGCACCAGGGGGUAAGAAACCGAUGUUUGACCUCAACUUAUCCCUCUUUUCAGAACCAGGUGAAUCUAAUAUUACCAGUGUCAUUUUGAGCCCAGGUGUUGAUAAGACUAAUUUAGAUACGCCACUUAUGGUUAAUGGGGUUCCUGUUGGAGACAUUGACUCACCAUCUUCUUGUCGGGAUCAUGGUAAUUGUUUGCUUUCAUCUGGUACAGUGCAUAAGGCAAAUGCUAUUUUUGGAAGUACUACUCUUGGCAAUGUUGAUCUGGGAACUGUAGCUCCAGACUACUCAUCAACCAUGGUAACCGCAGCGAAUAGCUCAGUUUCCUGUUCAUCAGGGCUAAGUCAGCAUCGCAGUGCUAGCUCCAAAGUGUGUAAAUUUCAAGGAUGCCAGAAAGGAGCAAGAGGGGCUUCUGGCCUCUGUAUUGCCCAUGGAGGUGGCCGGAGGUGUCAAAAAACAGGGUGCCACAAAGGAGCUGAGGGUCGAACAGUUUACUGCAAAGCCCAUGGUGGUGGUCGGCGGUGCCAAUUUUUAGGGUGUACAAAGAGUGCUGAAGGACGCACAGAUUUGUGUAUUGCCCAUGGUGGUGGCAGAAGAUGCACCCACGAAGGUUGUUCCCGAGCUGCUAGAGGGAAAUCUGGUUUGUGUAUUCGUCAUGGAGGUGGCAAAAGAUGUCAGAUUGAAGAUUGUCCCAAGAGUGCAGAAGGGUUAUCUGGUCUUUGCAUCUCCCAUGGAGGUGGUCGGCGCUGCCACUUUCCUGAAUGCACCAAAGGGGCACAAGGAAGCACAAUGUUCUGCAAGGCCCAUGGCGGGGGCAAGCGGUGCUCAGUUUUCGGGUGCACAAAGGGAGCUGAAGGAAGCACACCUUUUUGUAAAGCUCAUGGUGGAGGAAAAAGGUGUACUUUCGAAGGAGGCGGGGUAUGUCCCAAGAGUGUUCAUGGAGGUACUCUUUUCUGUGUGGCUCACGGAGGUGGAAAGAGAUGUGCUAUACCAGAUUGCACUAAGAGUGCAAGAGGUAGGACAGAUUUCUGUGUCCGCCAUGGUGGAGGCAAGAGAUGCAAGUUUCAAGGAUGUGAUAAGAGUGCUCAAGGCAGCACUGACUUCUGCAAGGCACAUGGUGGAGGGAAAAGAUGUUUGUGGGGACAGCCUGGGACAGAGUUUGCCAUUCCAGAUGCUUCUCAGUGUGACAGGUUUGCUAGGGGAAAGCCUGGUCUCUGUUCUGCUCACAGUGCCUUAGUGCAAGACAAGUGUGUUCACGGUGGUGGGACCCUUCUACCAACUUUCUUUGAUCCUAAACCUAGCGGUUCCAGUAAAAUGACUGUUGAAGACAUGAAUGUUGAUGUUCUGAAGAUGCGGAUGGCUGGCAGUCAUGAAAGUUUCAACCCAAUAGGAUUUGGAGAUCCUUCGAGUUCUUUGUACUCUCCUCCUCAGGUUCAGUUCCCGAUGGGGUCAAUCACUCUCCCUGAAGGUAGGGUUCAUGGUGGCGCUCUAAUGGCAAUGGCAUUGUUUGGUAAAAGCAUCAUCCCCAAUAACGAGGCAGGGACAUCAUCAUAUGUGGCACCACCAUACAACAGGAUGUAAGCCGCACUUCUUUAUCUCUUCUCCCUUUUCUAGUGUUGUCAGAGAAGAAUGGUGAUCUUCUCAAUAGUGUUAGUUAUUGAUGGUGAUGAUAAGAAGUCAGAGGUUUGAUCCUCUCUUUCGUGCAUUAGGUGGUGGGAUAUUGAGUUAGAAUUUUGCAAAAUUGAUUCUCCAUUAAUAAUACCCUUUUGCAAACUAAUAAGGGGUAUGCAAGCAGCAGCAGCAAAUUUGGUUGGGUCUUUCUUUUCUUUGCGUCAUACUAGUACUAGGAAUGUCAGAGUAGAGUCCUGUAAAUAUUAUUUAUUAUUAUACCAUAGUGUGCAGGUUAUUGUGGUCAUUAAACUUGGGAGAAGAAAAAAUAAUAAUAAUAAUCCAUGAAGUUCUUGUGAAUGUGAGUAGCAAGAACAGUAGUUUAGGCAUUUCAGUGUCGAGUUCUGUUAGAUUAUAUUUAUCAUGUACUGAUGGCCUGUUGCCCAGGAUACUUGGUAGUUGCUGCUCCCUGGGGCAACUUAUUAUUAAUAAAGCUAUUUUUGUACAACAAA